CGGAAUUACGUGUUCCGUUCAAAUAUGCUUUCGUAAUGCAACAGUUUUCGACUAGACACCAAUCGACAUAGGUGUACGGUAAAAAUCAUUAAAUCGAAUAAACCGGUAAUAAAUUUCAAAAAUCAACGGUAAUACGAAUAUUAUUAUUAUUGGUUUUAAUUAUAAAAUAUGUAGUAACAAAACAAAACAAUAAUAUUCUAAUAAAACAAUUUGCUUCCGUUCUGAUAUGCUCCAAAAUGUACAACUAAGAGAAACUCGAGAAACGAUCGAAACUGUAAGUAUACAAGCAAUAUAUACUAUAACAAUUGAAUAUAUUAUAACACGUUUUAUUUAAAUAUAUAUCAGUACGUAUAUUAUAACUGAACAAUUGUAAUUCGAUCCACUAUAUAGUAACCAUGAUCCGCAAUAUAACACUGUCCAAAUAUCUAUUCGUUCACAAAAUACAUAUUUACUAUAAGAGUUGUAUUUUGACUCACUAUCUUGAUGUCUAUCAUAGACAACAUAGUAUUAUAUAGGUACUAUUUAUUAUAAUCAUCUUCGAUAAAUUUUAAUACUAAUGAAAAUGUUAAAUGUUUUAUAAUACAUCAAUGGACUUAUCGUGUUUGUUUUGAAAUAUACAUAUCAACCAAACCGGCAACACUAUACAUAAUAAGAAUCAAAUUAAAACUACUACUUACUACUAUUAAUUUAUUUACUACUAUUACUGUUUCGAUUCACUCAUAUUUGUACUUUUUUUUUAUUAAUUUAAAUAAUUAAAUAAUUAAUUUAAUAAUUUAAAUCGUUCCAAAUUCAACGGCAAUCAAAAUAAAAAUAAAAAUAUGUUUUAUAAAAGGUAAUGUUAGUGUUAAUGAAACCAGGAAUAUAGAAGUUAUUCAUCAUAUUAUAGUUUUACAAUUUAGCGACAUAGUUACGAAAGGGGAGAGGAAGUAGUUUUUGACCACGCGGUUAUGAACACUCCUUAAAAAUGAUAGAAAUGAUAGAAUACCUAUACCCAGGAAAGUAACCAGGAAUUUUUUUGGGGAGGAUGCAAACAUACAAUUUAUCAUCAACUACCAAUAAUUAUACUAAUAAUCUGAUUUGAUGGUGGGGAACUUAAAUUUCGGGGGAAGUCCAGACCUCAUGCCCCCCCUGGCGAAAAAAUCCUGGAUUAUCUUUACAUUAUAAAAUCAAUGGUGUUAUUUAUCAUAAAUCCAUUAACGAAAAGGUAUUGACAGCAUAUGACAUGCAGAGAUUCGACAUUUUGAACACAUUACCUAUCCCGAGGUAGACUUUAAAAUUUAAAUUUCUAUAUGGAUUCUCACACAAUCAAAUUUUGUACUUAAAAUAAAAAAAACAAAUUUUUUUCUGGUUUCUAUUUAUUAAAAGCAGAUCUUAGGACUUUAUAUAUUUGAAAUAGACAGAAAAGCAUUGAAAAACGUUAAAAGAGCUUUAAAAAAAAUUAAGAAGCAAAAAUAACCCAGGACUCAGAGAGGUUUAAAAUUUCCAUUACACCCCUUAGCUUUAACCAUUAAAUCCAAUUUUCUAACACUCAAAAAUGAUUAAGACAAAAUACUUUUUUUUUUUAAUACUUACAAUUAUACAAUUAUUAUUAUUAAUAUAUUCAAAAACUCGAAUUGCUCAUUUUGUAUUGUUCGAAAAUUAUAUUUUUUAAAUCAAAGCUGUCAGAAGGGGACUUUUAAAAACAUGUUAUCAUUUUUUGUUUUUUAAAUGCGUUUUUAAGGCUUUUUUGACGUUUUUUUAUGGAUCUUAAAUACAUAAAGUCCCGAGCCCUAAUUAUGACAACUAAAUAAACUAUACACAUACAUUUUUCUGUAAAAUGACGAUGAGACACGAUAUUAUUCUCAAAAUAUUAUAAUUAUUAUAUUUUAUAAUUUAUAGUUAUUCAGUUGCCACAAGUAAAGCUGUAGAUAGGUAUUAACUAUGUAAUAAAUAAAUUACAAUAUUUGCCAUGUCUUUACGUAUUUUAUUUUAAAACAAAUCAUAUAAUUGAAAUUCACUUUUAUUUUUAACGCAUACAUUUUUAAUUAUACAUGUUAGUUAAGGGAAAUUCUUAAUAAAUCCCCAGAAUGAAAAAGUUUACUAUUGGCCUGACAGACCUUUCAUCAAUCAAUGUCAAUAAGUAUACAAUAUUAAAUCAACUAAGUACAAUAUAAACAUUAUCAUUCACCCGUACACAAAGUAAAAAUACACAAAACAGAUUAAGUACAAUAAGUUCUUUAUCGUUUUAACUUUUUGGCAUCUGUUUUGAUCGGAACCUAUUAAAUUUAAUUUCAUAAAAUAAUUGAAGUUUAUUACCUAUAUGUUUUUAUUUGGAUAAUAUACAUUUUUAAUUUAAACAAAAAGUAUAAAUAAUAAUAAAUCUAUAUUUAUAAAUAGAAUUCUAAAUAUCUAUUUUUAUAGAUAGAAUCUAUAGUGUAGAUAUAUUAUUACCUAUUUUAAAUACAAUUAUUGUUUUAUCUGUACCCGGCUUGAUGUAUACAUUAUAUUGGCAUUGUUUAAGUUAAAAAAAAUGAUAAAAUACGUUAAAUUACGUUAUAAAUUCCCAAGUAUAAACUCUACGUUAUUUCAAUUUAAUUCUCAUAAAAGUUUGGCAUGUUUUUAAAGGUCACGUUUACUAUACACAAUAGGAAUUAGGGGUUAAAAACCUGAAACUAGCCAAGAUAUUCACCGACCCGUAACGCACGAUGGCAAAAUAGUUUUGACUCGAGGUAUUAAUUAGAUUAUAAUUUAUAACGAAAAAUUAAAGGACACGUCAUAUAUAAAAUACAUCAUAAAUAUUUAAUAAUAAAUCCAAAACAGAAAAUUGAUUAUUUUUUUAAGGUUUUAUUUGUAUUUUUUAUAGUGCACAGGGUUAUACCUACCUAUAUAACAUUUUCAUUUACAAAGGAAGUACCUAUUAUACACGUUAAUAUUUAAUUAUUGUAAGUACACUAGUGAAAUUUAAUUAAAUAAUCGACUUUUUCCAUUAAUAAUUUAAUUUUAAACAAUACCGGUGUAGACGCCUAUUAAAAGUGUUCGAUUCAAUAAACUAAACUUAGUAUUAUAGGCACAUACGUAUGUUCAUUUGUACAUACAUCAUUAUGAAUUAUCACUUUUUUUUCAAUCAUAAACGGCCAGGAGAGGAAUUCAAUAAUUUUCUGUACCCAACCACAUAUUGUAUGUUAGACUUCCAAUUAAAAACAAAUUAAAAGACUAAUCGCCGUUUCGGUUGAUAGAAACAUACCAGGCGUUUAUGGCGGCCAAAAACCAGAGCAGCGGCGAUAGCGCUGGUCGUAAGAAGAAACACGAACCGCCUCCAAAACCCAUACCCGAACAAGACAGGCACAUAUGCGGUCUGAUAUGCGUGUGCCAGUUGACGUUCGUGUUGAGCUCCGUGUCGUUGGUCUAUUUGUCGGUGGCCAUCUACUUGCCGGGCUAUAGGGCGUUCAACGCGGCCAUCGAAACGGUGCCGAUCAUGUGCCAAACGAUCAACUCGACCAUAUCCAACAACUGCGAAUGGGCGUCUUGCGGCGAAUGGUGCCUAACGAAGCCGUCCGGAAAUUGCCCGCAGUACUUGGUCACCGUCCGACAGAACGGCACCGACAUCAGGGUGGAGAACUGCACCAGACUCUCUGUCGCUCACUGUCCGCAGGCAAGUACCACCCAACGGGAUUCCCGAACGAGUUUAACAUUCCGAAUAGCGAUUGCGUGUGCGGUGGCCUAUCAGUCCUUUAUUAUUAUAUAUGUUAUAAGCUAUACCGGUGUAUAUAUACCGUUAUCAAUCGCGCGAGGUCAUUAAACCCCGAAAGUGUGCAUGUCGCCCAAACAAAACAAACGCCCCAAUGGGUACGCGCAGCACGUUUAAAACGCCAUGUUUUUCGUCUAGAAAAAAUACGUUUCGGUCACGCAUAAGUCAUACGCGAUACAUAAUAUACACGGAAAAAUUUAAAUAAACUUUACACAUAAACCUUUGCAGUAUAAUUGGUACAUAAGCAGUAUAAUAAACACUGUGCCGGCAGUUUUCCGCGCACGCAUUUCGUGAUCAAAUAAAUAACAAAGGCGCAAUUAUUAUUAUAUAACCCCGAAUGAGAAUAAUAUCAUUUUUUUUUUUUUUUCGAUAAUAAUUAUUAUAAUAAAAUAAAAUAAUAAGCCUCUAAAAAAAAUUAUAUAUAUAUAUAUAUAUAUAUGUAAUAUUCAUAUCGAUAAGACACAGUUAUAUAAUAUUAUAUGGUUGGGUUAUUAUGGGUCAUCACGCAGCACACAAAAAAUAACCAUAGGUACACCACGUAUAUUACAAAACUCGAUAUUUCGGCUUUCCCGUGUGUAUAACAUAUUAUUAUAUAUUAAAUAUUAUAUUUUAGAGUAUAUUAUAUCUUUCAGGGACAAAGGGCUUAAGUCAAUUUUGUGUAGUUUACAAUAAACAAGCUAAUUAAAUUUUGAAAAUCUAUGAACUUGUACGCACACUAAUGCACUAAUAUACGUGGGCGGAUAGACCAAUUUUGUCCCACCGGAAAAUUACAUGGAAAAAAUACUGAUGACUUUUUUUUAUUUACUUAUCGACCUUAUUAUGGCCUUAUACAUGGACUAACAUGCCUGGAUCCAAUGAGGGGGGGGGAGGUGGCCACCGGGAAUUUUCCGGCUUUUCGGUAAGCAAAUGUAUACAUACACUUAUGUAAAUCAAAUAAUCAAGACAAAAUUUAAAUUUAAAAAAUUAUAAAAAAUGGAUUUAAGCCCUUUUUCCCCAGAACUAAAAAUAUAUUAUUUUCGGUACACAUCGAACAAUAAUUUUUUUCUGAAAUGUGCUUCCAGCCUAAUCCGGACACACUAAAACAAUACAAUUGUAACAACGACAAAGAGUGCCUAGGCAUCACGGGAAUUAUAUCGUGUCGAUUGGGACACUGCUCCAAUAUUUCAGAAUUGUACCAAUGUUAUUUCAAUACGUCUACCGAUACAAAUGAAACUAUCGACAGCGAUAGAGACAAUCUACAGCUCAACGGUUACUUUAACUGCAUCAACGGAAGGUACACACAGCACCAUUAAAUUCCUUUAGCAGAAAUAUAAUCGCAAUAUUAAUCGGAAUUUUAUUGAAAAACAAUAACGUGCACUACGUAUAUGUCUGACGUUUGAUUGAUUUUUCAGUUGUUUAAAAAUAAACUGGCCAAUCACUUGUGACCGGUUCUGUAAUAAAAUCACGACGAUAGGACUAAACGUGUUCCUGCGAUUCGGCGACUAUGUACACACGGGAGAUUGCCAACGGGUGAUAGCGUACAACAAGGCCAACGGGCCACUGGCACACGGGGAACCCCUAGCGGAGCCCAAACAAAUCUGGACCGACGAGAACUCGACCAACGGCAUAUUCAUGGCCAGCUGUACUAACGUGACAAACAUAGUGAAGGACAAGGCUGACUCGAUUAGGUAAAACCACCGAAAGCUCGACAAAUUUGACGGAAACAACAUCAAGUACAUGCGAUAUCGUUUUUCUUUUGUUACAUUAGUCCAAAUAAAACAAUGAUGGCUGUGGACUGUAUUAAUGGUACCGUGCUCGACGAAUCGCGAAUGCCGAAACCUUACAUGAACUUCACGACGUUCUGGACGAUGUACGAGACGAGCGACCGGUUACUAGAUGAAACCAACACGUACGUGCCCACGGAAUCUUCGUUGACGGUCUACAAUUCCAGUAGACUGUACAUCAAUCAGCAAGGGUGCGUCAACACCUUGCGUAAUGAGUGCAAACUUUUUGGCGAUUCGCACGGCAGAGCUGGUGAAAACCAUACGGCUCAAAGCCGAUUUCCGUGUUUUUAUACAAAGGUAAUGCAUACAAAGCACCACAUUCUCAGAAAUAAAAAUAAAUCGAUACAUUGCAUGCGUGCCUCUUCGCUUUUAUCCCCGCUCAAGUGGGGUCAACUACUCUUAUAUCUGACCUCUCCACCCUCAUGCGAACCUCAUGUGUUCCUGAAUAACCUUUACCACCUUUCCUUUGGCCAACCUCUUCCCAGGGUUAUAUUAAAACUAAAUUCUCCUACCUUUUAGUUACCAACUCAGUAUCAGUCAUCAAUAUCUAUUAGACUAUACUAUCCCAUAUUGUCUCUCCUUGUUUCAACAUGCCUAUAGGUACUCGAAAAUUCACAACAGGCGCAGUACUAUGACAAUAUUGACUGAUACUAUAUAUAAAAAUAAAAUCGCAAAAUUAUACUUCGGAAUACACCACCGAAAUUGAACCUAGCACCCUAACCUAACAUAACCUAAUACAACUAACGCACUAAUCACUAAACUAGGUACCUAAUUAUUGAGAAUAUAAAUCAUUUUAUGGAUAUAUGGUAUAUUAUAUAUAUUAUAUGGUCAAUUUCAAAAUAUUAGGUACUUAUACAAUAUAAUGAGACACCAGUGCCGUAUGGCCAGAGCGCAUUGGGGGGGGGCACGUGCCUCAUCUUGAUUUUUAUCGUUUUAUUGGUUAUUUUUAUGUAUUUAAUUGUUCUAAAAAUAUUAGGUAAUAUAAAAGUGCCCCCCCCCCAGAAAUUUAUUUCUAGCUAUACGAUACUAGAGGACACCGACAAAUAAUAGACCAAGUUUUGGUAACCACGACUCUAAUGAAUAAUUUGUAUUACUCCGUAUUAGGUGAAAAGAGGGUGUUGAUUUAAAAAUACAGUGAAACUUCAAUUUUGGGAAUUUUUUUGAGGAACGCGGACUUACGACCUUCUCUGAAUAGUGGGCACUAGUGUCAUAGGCAAGUGCCCCUACCUCUAAUUUUGUUUUAUUGGUUAUUUUGAUGUAAUUUAUCGUUCCGAAAAAAAGUAGAUAAUAUGAAAAUGAAUAGUGCAUUACCCCACCUCCAUGGACCUGAACACUAGCUGACAUUUGCUCACAAUUCAAACAAGACCCGUAGUAUGCAGUUUCUGAAUAACACUUGAAUAUCAGUACUAAUUUUCCAAUACUAGUAUAGUAUUGAAUACAAUUGUUGUCAAUACUAUACCAGUAAGGGCCAGCCGACUUUUGGGUAGCCCAUACAGGCCCAGUAUUGCGCCCGUUUUGAGUGUAUGUAGUUAUGAGUAUAAGUAUAUAAAUGUCCGAUCGUUAGAUAUACCAUCAUCUCAAUCUGAUUCUCAUUUAUUUUCCCUACUAUAUACCUGCUACCAAACCUAGAUUAAGGGUCCAGUGAACCCCGAGGCCGAACUUUCAGAACUUGAAAAUUUACAACAUUAUACAAAUUGUAUGCAAUUUUUCAAUUAACAUUUUACAUAGAUAAAAUAUGGCACAAUAAUGGACCCUUUACAUCCGUGGACCCGGGGGACGUAUUCUCCUGACCCCUCCCUUAAUCCGGGUUCGCCUGCUACUAUCUGUUAAGAGGUAAAUAAUUAUUUAUUGUUAUUACAUACUUCAAAUUAAUACACCUGCGCAACUGCGUACAAUGCACUAUUUAACUAUAUUAUAAUUAUAAUUAUGCAGAACGAUUCAUUCACGGCACUGGCCCGUUUCGACCUGAACAAAACUUGGUGGGAGCUAAUGAUCGGCGUCACCGUACCCGGUAUACUGUUCGCAGUGUCAUUUCUCACGCUACUAAUCGUCCACCAGACAGUCAAGGUGGGCGACGACGCCCGGAUGACGUGCCAGUGGUGUGCGGACGACGACGCCGCCGCAGCCGACGAGCCGUUCAUGAAACCAGACGGCCAAAAGACCAAGGAACGCAAGCAGAGAAAACACGCAGACAUUCAAGAGCUGAGCGUUAUCGAGGCGCUGGUGGCCAAGUCGGCGGACAUAGCUGUUGGCAGGCCGCCAAUCGAAAGCCCGGACGUAUAAUAACGACGGUGCGGUGGUUGACGACCGUUCGUCGGCGGUACGUAAAAUAAACCUAUUAUACGACAGACAUAAAUCGUCCGGCCGUUUUGAUUGCGCAGCUGAGCCGAAUGGUGAACCAACCGAAACGCAAACACAUCCUCGGAUAGAAGAUAAUAAUAAUAUAAUAUACAUUAUUAUUAUCAUCAUUAUUAUUAUUAUUAUUAUUAUUAUUAUUAUUAUUAUUAUUAUUAUACAAUAUAUUAUACGAUUUUCAUUUCGCCAACGAUUUAUAAUGCUUUCGCAAAAACUUUAAUCGGUCACAUCCCACAUUUAUAAUAUAGUAUACAUUAAAACGGCAUAAAUAAAGCAAUGUUUUUUUUUAAUCUAUAUAUACAUCAUUAUAUGCCAAAUACUAUAGGUAUAUAAAAUACGAACAUAUAUUAUUACAUAUAUAGUAAAGUGCGUAUGUAUCAUUUAUAUACGACGAUCAAUCCUCGAUAAGACAUCCGUUAUCUCGAAAAGUAUUUAUUUUUUUUUAUUAUUAACGACUUAUAAAACAAGCAGCUCCAAAAUUUAACAUUACCGUUAUUUUGGUGUCGCCCUUAUUUUCGGGUGUGAAACUACAACCCACUUUUGAUUUUCCGACAGUGACCUAUAAGCUAAAUUAAAAAUUCCAUAAAUAGAUUAGGUAUUAGAUUAUUUAAUAAUUUAAACAAUGGAAUUUGUAUAUUUUUGUCAACCCAUUGAUUAAAUAUUUCACUUUUGAAUUUGGGUAGAGGCAGAAUUAUAGUGGAAUUAUUUGCGAGACGGCGCGGCGACCGGCAUUUAAGUAAUGCACUCCACUACUCUCCCCGAAAUUAAACAUUUCAAUACCAGUGUGUAUUUAAACUAAAACUGCAUCAAAUUAUGACUUUUUCAAUAUAGGUUGCUAUUUGAAACUAAAAAGUGGACAGAAAUUUCACCCAAAAAAUACAUAAAUGACAAAAAAUAACGGUAAUGAAAAGUUGUACAGCUGCUUGUUUCUUGAAUUGCACAGAAAAAUAAAUUCCGAAAAAAGUUAACACUUUCCGAGAUAAUAUGUGUCUUAUCGAGGAUUGAUCGCCAUAUAUAAUAAUUAAUAUUAUAUACACCACAUACCUAUAAUACGACUUUCUCAACUGUCCGCGAGCAUAAUAUAAUAAAGUAUAUGUAAUACAAAAUAUAUAGGCAAUAACCCGGCCAUAAAAGUAAUCGCCUUAAUAUUGGUCGGUGUAGAUUUUUUAAGACUUUUUUGUAAUUUUUUGACAAACAUCUUAUUAAUAUUAUAUUCACUGAUAUUAUUAUUUAUUUUGUUUUUGUUUUUGUUACGCUAAAUAUUUAUAAUAUAUAUAUUUUUAUUUUAAUCACGUUCAUCAAG